UCGGCGGCCACAGGUAUUGCAGAUCUAUUGGUAAAAGCAUAUAUCCAUGAAGGUCUUACUGAAGAAGAAGCUCUCCAAAGACUAUGGUUUGCAGAUAUCAAUGGUCUUUUGGUACAGUCAAGAACGGAUCUGAUGUCACACAACAUACCAUAUGCACAUGAGCAUGAAGCUAUGUCAUUUAUCGAUGCGCUGAAAGAGUUAAAACCAGAUGUUCUCAUUGGUGCAUCCGGUGCACAUGGGACAUUUACCCAAGAAGUCAUCGAAAUUAUGUCAGAAAUCAAUGAGCGACCAGUGAUUUUUGCCCUGUCUAAUCCUACCUCAAAAGCCGAAUGUACAGCAGAAGAAGCAUACACAUGGAGCAAAGGUAAGGCAGUAUUUGCCAGCGGUAGUCCUUUUGAUCCUGUGGAAUAUGAAGACAAA